AUGUUUGAUAGCCAUGUUCCGGUGUCUCGGGCUUCUGUAUUUCCCAAACAGCAGAGCACUUCGUCCGACGAAAUCACACCAAAUAUGAACACGAAACCGCUCCGGGAUGUUGUUUCUCCAAGUACCGGGGAUGAACCGAGAAGAGAAUCUCGUCCAAAUACAGCUGAGUACUACGAUCAGGUAUGGGAGGAGAAAACGGUUAAUCGUCCUCCAACUUUUAUGCACGUGGAUUCCUAUCCCAUAGCCUUUUGGGGUGAAGAAUCGCACAAUCAGACCGCAGCUCGAUCACAUCCGCCCAUACCGCAUCCACGUGCCAGUCCGGUCCCCGGCGACCACAUUGCAGCAAGGGAUACCGGUUCAGAAAGGGAUAUGAAAGUACUAUCAACCAAUGCACACGACUUCACCUUCACGGAUCAUACUUCAGUUUCUGUGACCGACUCGUCCCAACACUCAUCAAAGUUUCCACCCCCGCUUCGUCGACCCGUGACUUCUGAACCAAAACCUCCGGUGCACAAAACCAGUGAACCCGACUACAGUACUGUAUCGUCAUUUUCCGCUGCCCGCACCGAUCUGCCCCUUUCAAAUCUUUCCAAAACGAAUGGCACUGAGCGUCAGGUCGAUGCAAAAUACACAACAAAUGCAANUGCAACUCUGCAUAGCCCGUGCCGAUUCACCGCUUCAUCAAGUUCGGAUGCUCAUCCUCCUCUUGGAACAUUGCCUGCCGCACGGAAUUCAUCUCCCAAGUUAACCCCAUCCUCUCUCCCGAUGAUCAGUACGAAUAUGAAUCCGUCGGUUGAAGCCGUUUCGCACAUGGAUGCUGCAGGUCGCACACCUUCAUCCAUGUUGCAGACCACACGUUUCAAUGAUCGGAUGCGAACUCCCGCAAAAGAUUUACCCAAACGAAAUCUAUGGUCACAAAAUUUGACCACAACCAACCGGGCCAACCGCGACGUUUUGAAUCGUCUGUCGUCUGUUCACUCCAAACCUCCCGAUUCCGGUCCCACACAGACUACAUGCAGCAUUGCACAUCAGUCCUCACCCCCUCAUCAACCGUUACCUAGCACGGCUCCGAAUCCUGAUGCGGACCAAUCUUCCGAAGUCUAUUUACACAGUUUGUUGGUACGUAAGGAAUCUUUCGGACUGACUGACCAAUCUGGAUCAAUAAAUAGCUUCGCUCGAUCAGACGACCCGGAAACUUCAACCAAACUGGGCAUAUCAAAUGACCUGGAUUUUACUGCAUCACAAAUCCCGGAAUCGUAUCAGGCACAAAUCGAUCGCAUCACAGCCAUGCUUGCGGAAACCCAGGGUCUUCUGGAAAGCCGUCGCUCGAGUUCCGCAAAGGGAACUGCAUGA